AUGGCAAAUGUGACUUCUUCAUCUUCCAUUGAUGAUCAACAAGAACGUCAUUUCAUCGGGGAUCUUCUAAGUGAAGAAGACGUCUUUGGGCAACCUAAUUCUACGCGUAUUGAGAGUUCGCCCAAUUCUGGUUUACCAGCAACAAAUGUGAAUGUGCUGCCAAGUUCAGGCGCAUUAGGUCCAAUUCCGAAUCAGACGUUUUGGCCUGAGCCACCACCACCCUACAGUCCGUAUACGACAACAUUAAAUGGCACAUCGUGUACAAGCAGCACGUCUUCAAUCUCCUCUUCACAAUGGCAGUCGUCAGCCGCUGAAUGGGAUCCGGUCACUGGAGCACCAAUUGAUGCGUAUUUCCAAUUGGGAUCAGGAAUUUCGUAUUCACCGCACACCGGAAUGCCAAUGAUAAAGCCGAUGAUAGCGAAUGGGAAUGGCAUGGGUCAAGUGCAGCAUCAUUACCAUCAGAACUUGUAUCAUCACCACACACUGAUCAACAGUCAUCACUACAACACAUCGUCGAAUCUGAUCACUGGUGUACCUCCACCAGCGGCAUGCCCGCCACCACAAAUCGCCGCCUUAGCGUUGGCUGCGGCUCAUCCGAAUAAUAAUCCAGCAACAGCAAACCAUAAUUACGCUGCAUCGCAAUCAGUCGAUCCCAGUGCAUUGAUCUCAAUGCAUCAUACAAAAAUGAAUGCUGCUGGUGCUGUGCUUUCUUCAACGACACCAUUUAGUAAACACUCGCAAAACAAUCACCCACAAGCAUAAGUUGUCGAACGAGUAGAUAACGAGCAAGUGGCCAUAAAUGCAAAGAGUAAUAAUAACGCUACAGUUAACAUCUCGUCAACGCCAUUAGCGUUAAACACGAAUAAUAAAAGUUAUCGUGAUGCUGCAUCAAGGAAACAACAACAGCAACGUGGGGCUGUUCAAGCUAAUUCAGCAGCAGCCCAACUCAACUUGCGUUUUGCAUCAUCGAACAAUGGCAAUUCAUCAAGUACAAAUGCACAGAACAUGGUGGCUAGAAGAGUGAAUAGUUCACAGCGUACAUCCAGUGAACGUCAAUCAGUUGCUAGUGAUUCAGUGGUUGACUAUUUAGUGAACCAUCAUACCACUUUACUCAGUUCUUCUGAUAACAAUCACCAUAAAUCAAGCAGUAUCGUCAAUUCAACAAAUGCGUAUGCGAAACGUGUGACUGAAAAUGAAUUCCAAAAAAUAACGCAUAAGAAAAAUAAAGGAUGUAAGGGAAAUAAAAAUGAGCAGAUCAUUCUGGAUGAAGAUGGUAUAAGCGGUAACCAAGCCGUAGAUGCGUCGAGUCGUUUUGAUAUUCUUCAAUCACUUGGUAGUCAAUCAGCCACAACGCUGUUACACCAUCAUCCAAAUAUACCAUUGUCAAGAAGAUCCCGAUCAUCUGGUGUUUCUCAGCGCGAUACUCAAGGUGGAGCAGCAAGCAAUAAGUCAUCGCUAAAAGCGUCAUUCUCAUCUUCAACACAGCAAGAUAGUCAAUCAAUGAAAGGCAAUUCGCUAACGUCACAAAUGUUCGACGAAGAAACGAACAGUGAAGAGAUACGACACACUUCGAAUAUCAAUAAAGUGCCGUCCACUCUUUCGCAACGCUCAGUUGCGAAGAAGAUUUUAUUUGGCAAUCGUCGCGAAUAUAAUGAUCAAAACGAUUCUUCACAACGUGCAAGUAUAACUCGUAAGCAACGUGCUGCCGCAAGAAAACGUCAAAAUACUGCAUUUGACUAUUUGCAUUUGAUAUUGCUAGCAAUAUUUUCUUUGCUCAAACGAGCUGCGCAAUGGAUAACAGAUUUGGUGGUUGAUAUUUCAUUGCAACUCAGGGAUAUCACUGUUUAUGCGUUACUGUGGAAUAGUUUGCGUUCGUUAAAUGCGAAAAAAUUGUGGAGUAGUCGAGAGAAUGAACGUGGUGAAUGGGGUUUAAGUGAUAAUAUACAACUUCCAACCACGGGUGACGAAGCGAUGGAACGACUGCUGCGUUGUCAUGGACAAGAUGCUUACGUGGUGUUGGGUUUAAGAGCCGAUUGUGCUGAUGACGAUAUCAAACGUUAUUACAAGCGCCAAGCUGUGCUCGUUCAUCCAGAUAAGAAUCAUUCAAGUGGUGCAGAUGAGGCUUUUAAAAUUCUCUCGAGAGCAUUCGACGCUAUCGGUACACCAGAAGCACGUAACAAAUAUAAUUUAGCUAAUCUUCACAAAAAUCCACUGCACAAAGAAAUGGAAGAACUUUGGGAACGUUUGAGAGAGAAAAUGAAUGAGGCGCGUAAUACGAUGCAUUGUGACUGUGGUAAAAAACAUGCUCGUAUCCCAGUUGAAGGUUGUCGUGCUUCAGAAGCAAGAUAUUGUAAGAAAUGUCGUGUGAGGCAUCCUGCUAAGCAUAAUGACAUCUGGGCUGAGACUCGUUGUGGUGGACUUUGGUGGGUUUAUUAUGCUUGUUUGGAUGGAAUCGUGUAUGAUAUUACUCAGUGGGCUGCUUGUCCGAAUAACCGUCUGAAGCAUAUGAAAGCGAACAGUCACACGGUUCAAUAUCGUUUGAUUAGUACAACAGGAUCGUCUGUCAAUAAAAGUGAUCCAUCGUCGAAACAUAAUAAAAAAAGUGGUCAUCACCAUCACCAACAGCAACAACAACAUGAAUUCAGUGAUUUGGACUAUAUGAAUUCGGAUAUUUUUGGUGGUGCCAAAUCGUCGGAAAUUCGUUGUGGUUGUUCAUCGACAAUGCAGAUGGGAUAUAACGACAGAUGUGGUGCAUGCUAUGGCUCGUCACAUGAGAAGACGAUCGGUAUAAACGCGAACGCUUGUUGUGCUGCAGCUGGCAUCGCUUCACCUUGUUCAUCAUCACAUGCGCAUUCACAACAAGCUUCUUAUAGACCACCAGAUCGACGUGCUUUGGAUGGCGAUCGACCGAGACGUGCUGGUAGAAGACGAAAAGUUAGAUGA